GGGUGUGGGGCCGUUCUUGCGCGGCCGCCCCAUUCCCAGACCGGCCGCCAGCCCUCCUGGUUCGCCUUCGCAGCUCCCCGCCGCCGGGAGCCGGGAGCCGCCCGGAACCGGGCACCUGCGCCCGCAGCCUGGAGGUCUCCCCCCAGCCCGCCUCCAGGAGCUGGGAGCACAGAGGGGCCCACCAUGGUGUUCCCGGGACCCCUGGCUAUCACCCUGCUGCCGCCCAGCCUCACACUGCUGGUGGUGCACCUCGCCAGCUCCCAGGAUGUCGCCAGUGAACCCAGCAGUGAGCAGCAGCUGUGCUCCCUGAGGGAACACCCCAUCGUGGCCUUUGCAGAUCUGAAGCCAUGGGUCUCUAACUUCACCUACCCUGGAGCCCAAGAUUUCUCCCAGCUCGCUCUGGAUCCUUCCAGAAACCAGCUCAUCGUGGGAGCCAGGAACUACCUCUUCAGACUCAGCCUUGCCAAUGUCUCCCUCCUUCAGGCCACAGAGUGGGCCUCCAAUGAGGACACACGCCGCUCCUGCCAAAGCAAAGGGAAGACCGAGGAGGAGUGUCAGAACUACGUGCGAGUCCUGAUUGUCACUGGCCGGAAAGUGUUCAUGUGUGGGACCAAUGCCUUCUCCCCAGUGUGCUCCAGCAGACAGGUGGGGAACCUCAGCCGGACCGUGGAGAAGAUCAACGGUGUGGCCCGCUGCCCCUACGACCCGCGCCACAAUUCCACAGCCGUCAUCUCCUCCCAGGGGGAGCUCUACGCAGCCACGGUCAUCGACUUCUCAGGUCGGGACCCUGCCAUCUACCGCAGCCUGGGCCGCAGGCCACCACUUCGUACCGCCCAGUAUAACUCCAAGUGGCUCAAUGAGCCAAACUUUGUAGCAGCCUAUGAUAUCGGGCUGUUCGCGUACUUCUUGCUGCGGGAGAACGCGGUGGAGCAUGACUGUGGACGCACCGUGUACUCUCGGGUGGCCCGCGUGUGCAAGAACGACAUGGGGGGCCGGUUCCUGCUGGAGGACACUUGGACCACGUUCAUGAAGGCCCGGCUCAACUGCUCCCGCCCGGGCGAGGUCCCCUUCUACUACAACGAGCUGCAGAGUGCCUUCCACCUGCCGGAGCAGGACCUCAUCUACGGGGUCUUCACCACCAAUGUAAACAGCAUUGCCGCAUCUGCUGUCUGCGCCUUCAACCUCAGUGCCAUCUCUCAGGCUUUCAAUGGCCCGUUUCGCUACCAGGAGAACCCCAGGGCUGCCUGGCUCCCCAUCGCCAACCCCAUCCCCAAUUUCCAGUGCGGCACCCUGCCCGAGGUGGGCCCCAACGAGAACCUGACGGAGCGAAGCCUGCAGGAUGCACAGCGCCUGUUCCUGAUGAGCGAGGCCGUGCAGCCGGUGACACCGGAGCCCUGCGUCACCCAGGACAGCGUGCGCUUCUCACACCUCGUGGUGGACCUUGUGCAGGCCAAGGAUACGCUCUACCACGUGCUCUACAUCGGCACGGAGUCCGGCACCAUCCUGAAGGCGCUGUCCACGACGAGCCGCAGCCUCCGCGGCUGCUACCUGGAGGAGCUGCACGUGCUGCCCCCCGGGCGCCGGGAGCCGCUGCGCAGCCUGCGCAUCCUGCACAGCGCCCGCGCGCUCUUCGUGGGGUUGAGCGACGGCGUGCUGCGGGUGCCGCUGGAGAGGUGCGCCGCCUACCGCAGCCAGGGGGCAUGCCUGGGGGCACGGGACCCGUACUGCGGCUGGGACGGGAAGCAGCAACGUUGCAGCACGCUCGAGGACAGCUCCAACAUGAGCCUCUGGACCCAGAACAUCACAGCAUGUCCUGUGCGAAAUGUGACUCGGGAUGGGGGCUUUGGCCCAUGGUCACCAUGGCAACCGUGUGAGCACUUAGAUGGGGACAACUCAGGUUCUUGCCUGUGUCGGGCCCGGGCCUGUGACUCCCCCCGACCCCGCUGUGGGGGCUGUGACUGCCUGGGGCCAGCCAUCCACGUUGCCAACUGCUCCAGGAACGGGGCGUGGACACCGUGGUCAUCUUGGGCCCUAUGCAGCACCUCCUGUGGGAUUGGAUUCCAGGUCCGCCAGCGAAGUUGCAGCAACCCUGCUCCGCGCCACGGGGGCCGCAUCUGCGUGGGCAAGAGCCGGGAGGAACGGUUCUGUAACGAAAACACGCCUUGCCCGGUGCCCAUCUUCUGGGCAUCCUGGGGCUCCUGGAGCAAGUGCAGCAGCCACUGCGGGAGCGGUGUGCAAUCGCGGCGUCGGGCCUGUGAGAACGGAAACUCCUGCCCGGGCUGCAGCGUGGUGAGGGCCGGGCCGGGGGCGGGCGGGCGCGGGAUGCCCAGACCUCGAGCCAAGGGGAGGGCAGAGACGGGGCGGGGGGCGGAGCGCGGGGCAGGCCUGGGGCUGCGAGGCUGUGCAACAGUACCAGUCCUCACCCCGAAGGAGUUCAAGACUUGCAACCCUGAAGGCUGCCCCGAAGUGCGGCGCAACACGCCGUGGACGCCCUGGCUACCGGUGAACGUGACCCGGGGCGGGGCGCGGCAGGAGCAGCGCUUCCGCUUCACGUGCCGCGCGCCGCUGGCCGACCCCCAUGGGCUGCAGUUUGGCCGGAGGAGGACGGAGACCCGAACCUGCCCCGCGGACGGCUCUGGAGCCUGCGACACGGAUGCCUUGGUGGAGGAGCUCCUGCGCAGCGGGGGCAGCUCCCCGCACACGGCGAGCGGGGGCUGGGCCGCCUGGGGCCCGUGGUCCUCCUGCUCCCGGGACUGUGAGCUGGGCUUCCGCGUCCGCAAGAGAACGUGCACGAACCCGGAGCCCCGCAACGGCGGCCUGCCAUGCGUGGGUGACGCUGCCGAGUACCAGGACUGCAACCCCCAAGCUUGUCCAGUGCGGGGUGCCUGGUCCUGCUGGACCUCUUGGUCCCCAUGCUCAGCCUCCUGCGGUGGCGGCCACUAUCAACGCACCCGUUCCUGCACCAGCCCCGCCCCCUCCCCGGGCGAGGACAUCUGUCUCGGGCUGCACACGGAGGAGGCGCUGUGUGCCACACAGGCCUGCCCAGAAGGCUGGUCGCCGUGGUCUGAGUGGAGUGCAUGCACGGAGGAUGGAGUCCAAAGCCGUGGCCGGCACUGUGAGGAGCUGGUCCCCGGGCCCAGCACGUGUGCGGGAAACAGCAGCCAGAGCCGCCCCUGCCCCUACAGGGAGAUUCCCGUGAUCCUGCCUGCCUCCAGUGUGGACGAGGCCACUGGCUGUGGAGGGUUCAGUCUCAUCCACCUGGUGGCCACAGGCAUCUCCUGCUUCCUGGGCUCUGGGCUGCUGACCUUGGCGGUGUACCUGUCCUGCCAGCACUGCCGGCAUCAGUCCCAGGAGUCCACGCUCGUCCAUCCCGCCACCCCCAACCACCUGCAUUACAAGGGCGGGGGUGCCCCCAAGAAUGAGAAGUACACACCCAUGGAAUUCAAGACCCUGAAUAAGAAUAACCUGAUCCCUGAUGACAGAGCCAACUUCUACCCAUUGCAGCAGACCAAUGUGUACACAACCACCUACUACCCGAGUCCACUGAACAAACACAGCUUCCGGCCUGAGGCCUCACCUGGACAACGGUGCUUCCCCAACAGCUGAUACCACUGUCCUGGGGACUUGGGCUCCUUGCCUUCCUAAGGCACAGAGCAGGUGGAGGUGGGACGGUGGAGCCGGUUUGGUUUUCUCCCUCUGCACUAGGCCAAGAACUUGCUGCCUUGCCUUGUGGGGUCCCAUCUGGCUUCAAAGAGCUCUGGCUGGCGGUGACCAUGGGGGAGAGGGCUGGCUUCAGGCUGGCACACGGCUGCAGUUCCAGCUCAGCCCAGGUCUCUCAUGGCCCCCUUGGAACCCACCAUCAUGCUGAUCUUCCCUGCCAUGUCUGGGCUGUGGACCUACUAGGCGUGUGAGGGAAUUGGAGAGUGGAGAUGGCAGGAGGGCAGGCUUUUAGGUUUGGAUUGGAAAUGACGGCCCGUGUAGCUAUCAAGGGCUGAGUCUGCCCCUCUUUGGCUGGCCCCAGGAAGGGCCUGGGCUACAUCCUGAUUAUCUCUGAAAGAAACUAGUCAAAUGGCCCCAGUAGUUCUGGAUUCUCUGCCCAGGGCUGGGUCAUUGUGGUGCUGCCCCAGUGUGACAUGGGGACCAAGGCUGGCCCAGGUUGUCCACCUUUGCCUAGCAGUCUGUGCUUUGCCCAGCGACAUCCCUCUAGUCAGAGGCAGUGAGGACUGGGGUCUGGAGACUGAUCUUUGCUGAGAAGUCCUUUAAUCUGGGCUGGCACAUUCCUCAGCCUUUCCCUCAGAGUGCACGAAAGGUGACCUAGGAGAAAGGGAGGCGGGAGUCCAUUCUCCGUGCUGCUCUGGAGACUGCUUUCCAGUUGCUGCUCAACAGAGCUGUUGGCUGAGACCUGCUUGGGAGUCUCUGCUGGCCCCUCAUCUGUUCAGGAACGCACACGUGUACACACACAAUCACAAUCUGCCACAGCAACAAAAAGGAUGUUGGGCUGUGGUAUUAAUAAUUAAAGAUGAUAUCCAGUC